AUGAAGAUCUUGUGGCUAUGGUUGGUUGCCGGUGGCAUCGCUCGUGGAGAUGGAGCAGGGAAUCGUCCAUUAAUUCUGGUUCCUGGACUUACAGGCAGCGCGCUAGAAGUGCAGGAGCGUGAUGCACCAAUGCCUCACUUCUGGUGCAAGCGCAACACAUCCAAUGAAUGGAUGCAGAUAUGGGUCAGCCCUGUACAAGCCUUGCCGUGGGAGAUCGAUUGCUUGAUGGCACGCAUGACUUUGACAUAUGAUGCCGCCACAGAUGUCUAUUCGAAUUUGGCCGGCGUUGAAGUGCGAGCGCUCGGUUGGGGCAACGGCACGGCAACCGGCAAAAGCCACAAGGACAUGUUGUACAAUUACCAGUUCGGCACGAUGUUGCACCAUCUGCAGCAACAACUUGGGUACGAAUUGGGAACCGACGUGUUCAUCGCUCCAUAUGAUUGGCGCUUGGCGGGUGAUGCUCAUUCCAAACCUGCGAACGGGGUUGGCGGAUACUACCAGCAGCUGCAGGGUCUGAUUGAAAAGACAGUUCAGGCAAGUGGAGAACGAGCAGUUGUGCUGUCGCAUUCAUUAGGAUGUCCCACCAUGCUCGCCUUUUUCAACAGCUAUGUGAGUGAAGAUUGGCGAGCCCAGCACAUUCAUGGUUGGGUUGCUUUGUCUGGCCCAUGGAUGGGCGGAGCAACCCAAAUAGCUGCUUACUUGGGUGGCUGGACCUUGGGCUUGCCCAGCUGGUUGGUACCGCAUGAUUAUGUGCAGCGCGUUCAAGUCAACGCGAGCAGCGGCGUGUGGAUGAGCCCACAUCCGGAUGCUUUCGGCACAGCUGUCCUGGUGGAGACCCCAUCCCGCAAUUACACAGCUGCAGAUGUUCCCGACAUGUUGCGUAAAAUCGGUGUCAAGGCUGGGGGAAACCAGACGGCAUCGCUGUUUGCCAAAUUGCAGAAACCAUUCGCAAAGCUCCAGCAUGCCCCGAAGAACGUACCGCUGCAGAAUUGGUAUUCUACGGGCAUUCGAACGGCAGAGUCCUUGGUGUUUGACAGCGACAUCGUCGAAGGCUUCGACAAGGUUGCGACAAAGACGAGGUAUGGCGAUGGCGAUGGCUUGGUCAACUUGUUGUCUCUGGUUCAGGUUGAGAAAGUAUGGCCGCAGUCGCCAUUGGUGUCAACACGUAGGUUUCCCAAUUGUUCACACUUCGGAAUUUUGUCGGAUGCGCGCGUGCUCAAAGACUUGGUGAGCUAUCUGGCCCGCAACACAAGUGCGGAGAUAUUCGUCUGA